AUGCAACUUUGCACUACAACUAAAGCACCUCUGGAUUUUCCAGCAUUAACAACUCUGCGACUCAGUAAGUUCGUAUUGUGUAGUGAUCUUUUCUCCAAGUGUGUAAACUUAAAGAAUCUCACUUUAGAAUAUUUCUCUGUCAAGGAUGGGGAAGUAUUUGACAUCAUUACCCCUCUACUUUCUAGUCUCAGGCUUGCCCAUGGCAGCAGUUGUUCAGCAGUCAUCAAUCUGAUUGCCCCUCAACUCGAGAAACUCACCGUAAUUUGUUGCUCAUUCAAGUACCUGAAUGCUCCACCAGGACUUUCAUCUUUGGACUACUGGGGUGAUUUGCCCUUGAACUUAUGUAAAGAUCGAUUUUACUCUCUAAACAAAGUGUCUAUCUGUUUCAGUUGUUUUGGUUUGCCAUAUAAAGAGAAAGAUGCAAUCAAGACUAUUAACCUGCUUCAAGAGCUCCAUAGUGCCAGAUAUCUUACACUUAACGUGGACAUAGUUAAGUGUAUUUCCUCAUUUCCUGAUUUGUUGUUGCACCAUCCAUCACCUUUUAGCAACUUAAUCAGCUUGACCAUAGAUUACCGCUUGAAUAGGGAUGAAUAUGGAGAAGAAAUAUCUACCGAAGCUAGAAACUUCUUGCUUGAGAACUCUCCAAGUGCCGCUUUAAUCAUGAAAUCACCCUGA